CCACUAGUCUUCAGAGGUAUGCUGGCGGCCAUCAUCCACCGCCAGCCCUCCUGGGAGAUGGAGCUCCCCGUGGUACCGUCCCCACCGAUGAAAACCAAGCCACCGGUCUUGAGCGUCUCCAGAUCCUUGGACAUAUGGAUGGCGUUGAUGUUUUCGAGAUGCAGCCUUUGGAAGUGACCCGACUCGGGACCAAGGCAGAUCCAAUUGUCGUCAGGUCUUUUGCUCCUCUCCGACAAGUUGGUUGCACCGGUUUCCCAGUCGAUUCUCACGACACAAUCUGGCUUAACCUCACUAAAGAUAAGCGCAGCCGGUGCCCAGAAUGCGGGUCAGUCUACUCCAUGGACUUCCAGGGUAAGGAAACUCAUCACCACUAAGAAUGGAAACCCAUCACGACCCUACCAAAAAUGUUGGUUACGUUGCCCUGAGUGUGUCCAACUUCUGUAGAAAGUGACGGGUAAAAAAAUUACUUCAGUGGAGACCAAACACCCCAUCUCUCUCAACGUCCAUGAUACACGCUUUCCCACUAUAUGCCGUGUGAGAUAAUUUUCAGUCAAUUGCAGUGAAUAUCAUUUGACAGUAGAAGUCA